CGGCUGACGUUAAUUGUCGCCUGUUUUCUGUAAAGCGUCUACUCACUCCAUCAAUCACACACAGGAAGUAAGUUUUAAAUUGCUUACCGACGUAUUAUCAAUCUUUAAUAUUGUCCUCAUGCAAAUUUUUUAUGAGACAGAAUUUUGUUCUUCAAUUUUGUAAACAGAUUUUUAAGAUGGGUGACGUUUUUAAGCCUAAAGUAGUCUUUGUUUUGGGGGGACCUGGUGCUGGUAAAGGUACUCAAUGUGCUAAUAUUGUCAAAGAGUUUGGUUUUAUGCACAUAUCUGCCGGUGAUUUAUUACGUGAAGAAAGAAGUAAACCUGGCACUAAAUAUGGCGAACUGAUAGAUGAGCAUAUCAGAAAUGGUAUCAUUGUUCCUGUGGAAAUUACCUGUAAGUUAAUUGAGAUAGCAAUGCAAAACUCAGGAAAAGAAAAGUUUUUGAUUGAUGGUUUUCCCAGAAAUGAAAACAACCUAGAGGGAUGGAAUAAGGUUAUGGCUGAAAAAGUAGAACUUCUAUUUGUAUUGUUUUUUGAUUGUUCUCAAGAUAUUUGUGUCCAGAGGUGCUUAAAACGAGGGGCACAGGGAAGUGGCAGAUCCGAUGACAAUGAAGAAAGCCUCAAGAAAAGGUUGCAAACGUUUGUGAAUGAUUCCAUGCCGAUCAUUGAGCACUUCAAGGAAAGAAAUUUGGUACAUCGAAUUGAUGCAGACCAAGAACCAAAUGAAGUAUUUGAAGAUGUAAAAGCUAUAUUUCAAAAUAUUCCUUGAACAUAAAAGCUAAAUUGUAGAAUUUAUUAUAACCUAGGCCUAUAUAGGUCUAGAUAUUAGAUGCUUAUUGAAUGUACUACCUAGCCUGUCCACAGAAUAAUUCACAGGUAAAUAAUUAAUUAUGUAGGAAUAAUAUAGUAAUUCAAUUUUUAAACUUAAGUUUACGUGUUUCAAGAUAAUGUCCAAAUUUGUUAAAAGUGCAAAAUUUAUGUUUGGUACUAUUGCAUUACAUGGAUCCUAUGAGGCUAUGAAGGGUCUGUUUGUAUAAUUUAUAUACUACACAAAUGUUGCAGGUGAGGUUGGAGACAAUUGGUCACUAAAUUUUUGUAUUAUCUUUUAUGUAAUAUUAUUGUAUUGUUGUUGAUCAAUUUAAAUUCCACCCUGUGAUUUUCACAAAACGUUCGUAUCUUAGCAAAAGUAAGUUAUACAUUACAUGUGAAGUCAUUCACACUUAAUCUGUCUAUUAUUACAAAGUAGACUGUCAAUUAAUAUUUUUAUUAACACUUAUUUAGGUAUUAUUAUUUAUUUUUUAUUACCUACUUCAAAAAGGAGCCACCAGUGUAUAAAGAAAUGUUUAACAUUAUAAUAAUAUAUAAUAAAUUACGUCUAUAAGUUUGUUACAUCUUUAACUACGUCUAGGCUAAAUUUUUGUUUCACUGUCUAAUAUCUUUUAGGUCCAUAAAAGUAAGUAAUAUUAAAUUGGAUAAAUCACAAAACCAAAACAGCAAAACUAAAUAAAUAGUAAAAUCAGCUAUUGAAAGUGAUUUAGGCUGCGGUAUAAUAAGCAGCCACCAACGCAAUUGAAUCAAGAUUAUUGAUUAUAGAUAUCGAUAAUAUUGAAUAAAACAUUUGACCUAUAGAUAUUUAUAAUUAAUCAUUUCCAGCUGUUUUUAUUUAAUUUAUGUAGUGAGUAGUCUAGUGACACCAGCAAGAACAAUGUAAUCGUAAGUACUACACUGUUCAAAUAUAGUUUAAAUAAAGUUUAAGUUAUUUUAUAUAAUCUGAAACAUAUUCAUUUCUUUUAAAUAUAAAAAAGUAUAGCUCCACUAUAAUACAGUUUUUAAAAGCCUAAAACGUAAUUCAGUUUGACGUUUUGCCAUUCUAAUGGCAACAAGUAGAAUGAUGAUGUACUUGUCUGUUUCACAAGGAGUCAGACAUUGUUUACCCUUCAAAAUAGUAAAAGAUAAGUAAAUGUUAUUGUUUUGUUUUUAAUACUUUAUAAAUAUGUAGAUAGUUUUUUAUAUUUUUUGUUAAUAAAAUAAUUUAUAAGAUUUAAAACCAGCAGAACUAUAUUGUUCAGCUAUAUACAUAUACCUAUUAUGUAAUUUGAUCUGACAUUUUGUUUUCAGUAUUUUUAGAUAGAUGGUCAUGAAUAUCGAUAAUUCAAUUGUGUUGGUGGCUGUCUAUUAUUGUGCAGCCAUGCUUUAUGCAGAUAAAUAUGGAGGACUCAAAUUUACAGAUAUGUUAAUAUAAGUUGUUGAAGAGAUGAUUUGUUAGUUAACAUCUUGCUAAUUGUAUAUAGUUACUAAUUAUUAGGUAAUUAAUCUGAAACAGGAAAAUAAAUGUAUACUCUUUACUGUUAAUCAACAUUAAAAAUUUCAAGCAUUCACACCCAUUCAAAAAUAUUAAAAGUGAUACACUUGCAUUUACUUAACUGAUUGAAAACAUAGUACACAGUGAUAAUGUUAAAGAGAGAAUAUAUCAACUGUUAUUAGAAAGUAAAGAAAACCUACUGAACAAUAAAAAGACCAAAUCAAAGUGAAAUCAAAUAUUUAAUGAUCAAUUACUGUGUUUUAUAAAUAAUUAAUAUCAGUUCUAUUUUAAACAUAUUACAUGAAGGCAAUUAAUUCUUUUAAGAAUUGUUGCUAAAUAUAUUAUAACUGGUUAAAAUUUAAAAGAACUUGUAGGGACAACAAAAUUAUGGCCAUUUGACAUUAAUAAGUGUUAAGAUGGCAAACACUUAUUGUUAUUAUUGUUUGUUAUAAUAUGUAUUAUAAAAGAAACACAAUUUUUCAGAAACUGGUACCUGCUCCCUUUUUCACGUGUUGUAUACUGUAAUUUUAAGCAUGUAAAACUACACCCAAAUGUUUGUAAUCAAGUUAUCCCUCCAAAUCGUUGACAAAGAAUUUAUUUAUUUAUUUAUUUUCUAUAUAAUUUGAUCAUUUAUUACUUUAACUUAGUAUGAGGAAUAUUCUACUAUUUAUUUGUGUAAACUAUAUUCAAAUUCUGUUAGCAGUGGACAAUAGUGGUAGCCUAUUUAAAAAAAAUAUAAUUUUUGGAGGUACUUAAAUUAUUGGUAGACUUUUUUUAUUAAUGUCAUUAAUGUUUUCAAGGGGAAUCAAUCCAAAAACAUUGAGCAAAAUUGUAUAUAGACUAACUCCUCUACAAUCAAAUUUGUGACCUCUUGGUUAGAGAUCCUACUGUUUACCGGCCACUAAAUGUAUGCAUUAAAUGCAUGGUUAAGAACCUAAGUUAUGCAUUCCAUUUCUUUACUUUCUCAUAUUUGUAAUGUAAAAAUGUAUUGUAAUGGUCUACAAAUUUCAUUUUAUUUUUCUUAGAGCUCUAGAUUCAAAAAGGGAAUUUAAUGUUUGGUCACACAUAUUUAGUCCCAAUUAUAUCAUAUACUAAGUACAUUAGACUAAGUAUAUUGGAUUACACUUUGGCUUUUAUUGUGAUAUUGCGAACAUUUUUGUAGUAUACAAUAAGUCCAUAAGAAUAAAUUAUUUCACUUUUUUAGUAGCAAACAGUUCAUUCUUGUUUUAUAUUUUUUAAGCUAGGAAGUCAUGCAUUAAUCCUUUGUCAAAUGGCAUAUCCUAUUUAUUAUGAUGGUUGUAACCAAAUGCGUAUUUGGAAAUUAAGAAACGAUUGGAUCAAAACACUCAAAAUAGAUCACUGUUACUAGGUGACAUAAUGUAUACACAACUAAGAUUUUUACCUAUUUGAGACUAAAGGGAUGGCUGAAAAUUUCUUUUAAAAAAUUCUCUAGGUAUAUCAUAUGUCAUUGAUAAUAUUUAAUUUCAGUACUGGCCAACAUUGUACCAAAUGGUAAAUGCUGUGUGCACUUGUUUACACUUUGGCACACUCAUCAACAGGCCAAGGGCUGUGAUGACAAGUUGUCCAUUACAUUAACUCAAUUUAGUAAACAUUAAUUUUGAAAUUUUCAAAUGACCGAUUUAAUUACACUAAGAAAAACAUAAUACUUGCUACGAAACAUAAGAAAACAGUCUGUAUUUAAUAUCUCAGAUUCGGUGUACAGGCAAUUGUCCACUUUACUUUUUUAUGGGUUAUCUAUAUGCUUUAUCAUUUUGUCAGUUGAGAAUUAAAAUUCCAUCCCCCUCUACUAUCAGUGCAAAAGGGCAGCAUUAAUCAUUAGGACAGGUUUUGUUUGCGUUCUGUACAGUUUUCUUGAGGCAUAUUCUUUUUAUAUCUUAUAUUUAUUUUAUUGUAUUUAAUAAUGAACAUAAAAACUCUAAAUUUAUUUAUUCACCAAUUGUUAUGGUUUCAAUGGUUUGAAACUGUUUAAUAUAUUGAUGUUUUAUAAAGAAUAUAUACUUUAUUGAUAUUUUUUAAUAUACAAUUUUAUUUUAUGACUAGUUUUUGUGUGUUUUUUGUGCAUAAAAUAUCUUAUGUCAAAGACUGUGUCACAAUAUUUCAAACAUAUUGUUAAACAACUAAUACAGAGCCAAACAAUAAACUUUUUCCUUUAUUCUGUAAAAAUUGUUAUUUGAAUUUAAUAUGAUAUAAAUUUGUCAAAAUUGUUGUACAUAAAAAUUCAUGUAGAAAUGCAUCAUCUUUGUUUCUCAUUAGGAAAGAAAUUUACAAAUAUUUGUUGGGAAUUAUAACAAUUUCCUCCAUUGCUCUGCUCACUAAUUUUCCACCCAAGGCUCAGGCUUUUAAAUAAAUAAAUAUAAAAUUAAGGUAUCAGAUCAAUAUGUAAAAAUUAGAUAUAUUUACACGUAUCACACGUUUGUUAGUUUACAUGCAAAAAUUACAAUUAUAACAUGCUUUAAAUCUAACUUAAGUUUAUAUAUACAAACAAAGUUUAAAUUGAAAAUUUGACUGACCUUAUCGAGAAUUUUAGGUUUCUUUGAGGACGUUGCUUCAAUUUUAUCAACUUGCUCUUCAACAUUCUUAUAAAUUCUGUCCCAGUUGACUUUGACAUAACCUUUGUGGUUGGCUAUCUGCAAAAGUAUGAUCCCUCCGCCAACUGCCACUGCUGCUACUUUCCCAACUUUCAUCAUCAAAUAUCCAGUAAGCCUGCAAUAAUAAUACAAUUAACUCAAAACGUAAUAAAUAAUGGAACAAAAAAUUCACAAGCUUUGUAUUUUGUUUAGAGUUUUUAUCCAUUCAUGUUAUAUUAUUUUACAAUAUAGGUGUUGUAUUUAAAACCUUAUCAGGGUUCAUGUUUUACAAUAAUAAUUAAAGUAGUGGUAGUGUUUUAACUGUAUCUAGAUUAGCAGAACGUGUUCGAUACCGAAGCUUACAGUAGUGGUGUUUGAUGAUUAUUGUAUUACAUUGAGCUGCUUUGUAGCCAAAGUGUUAAUAUCUUGCCAAGACAAAUAGGGCUAGCACCUUUAAAAUCAAAUUAAUAUUUACUAUAUUUAUUGUUUUAAAUUGUGCAUCUAAUUAUGUAUACUUCUAAUGUUGUAUUGUAGCUUAUGUAGUAUACUUAUAUAUUAUAAAUUUAUAAUGAAUAUUGUGAUUUUAUAAUAGUGGUUAUUAUUAGGUUCAUGCAUUUAUUGUUGUACAUUAUAUAAAAUACUGGUGUUUAACUAUUUUAACACAUUUAAUUUUUUAUUUAUUAAAAUUAAUUCAUACUUUUUUACAAUAGUUUGUAUUGAACAAAUUGUUAAGAUAUGAAUCCGUUAUAAACUGUGUUAUUUCAAAACAUGUAAUUAACAUAAAAUAUAAAGGUUUUUAAGUUUAUUAUAGUUGUAUACAUCCAUAGUAUAAAAUAUCGUGAUAGGUCAUUUAAGUAAAUUAGAAUACUUAUAUUGUGAUUUUGUUUAAAACGUAACAAAGUCUACUUCAUCAAAAUUGAGAAAUUUAGUUUUAAUAAUUGUUAUAUUGCAUGUAUGUGUACAUGAAAAAUAAAGUUUAUGUUGAAAAUAAAA